CAUAAUGAAAGUAAAGGGAAAGCAGUUGUCAAGUGACUCCUUCAGUGUCUGCGCUUGUCUGUAAAUACUCUGUAAAACUCUUCCUCAAACUUAACAGAAAACCACACGAAAGCCGAGAGGUGCCAGAAAGUGAAAGUGAAAGAGACCCCAGUAAAUGCACUCGACAUGGCAUCCAGCAAGGGUAAGCAGAGUCUGAGGGAAGAUCUGACAUGUGCCAUCUGCUUUGAGCUCUUCAAAGAUCCCGUCCUGCUGGACUGCAUGCAUCAUUUCUGCAGGACAUGCAUCACGUCUUACUGCAGGACUGUCAGGGGUCCGGUGGCCUGCCCUCAGUGCAGAAAAGAGAUUUCCAACAAACGCUUUCAGACCAACUAUUUAGUAGCAGGUUUGGUGGAUAAGGUCAGGGCCAACUCCAGCUCUGGAUCUGUCAAGUAUUUAGAGAAGCAAUUAAGGGACUGUCUGGAGUCACAGCGCUCCAUAAAAGAUACUUACAUCCUCAUGAUCCGUGAAGACAAAGACAGGAUGGAUAAAAUACAAAAAAUAGGAGCUGAGCUGCAGGGCCGAGUGCACAGUGACUUUCAGGCUCUGCAUAACUUCCUGCGGGUGGAGGAGGAGACCAUGAUGGAGGAUUUAAGGAGAGACCAAGAGGAAAUGCUGCAGGGACUGGAGCGACAUCUGGAGGUCUUACAGGUGGCCAUCAGGGACGUGGAACAGAACAUCAACACGCUACGACAGACUGCCAACAGUGCAGACCAAUCUGUGCUCAUAGAGCUACCAGAAUUGAAUUCAAGACCACCUCUGCAAGAGCUGAAUGUCAACAUCAAUGCUUUUAAAAGCAAAUUCAUCGCUCCUCUUCAGUACACUAUGUGGAGAAAGAUGUUUCAACAUUUACAGCCAGGCCCAGCCCCAUUGAUAUUUGAUGAGGACACUGCUCACCCCAGCCUACAACUUUCAAGGAACAAAACCCAAGUGGUUGAGAGCGACAACAUGCACAUCUACACAUCCAAUGCAAAACGCUUCCUCCAGUGCGUCAACAUUCUCGCGACCGAGGGCUUUCAUACAGGCAGCCAUUAUUGGGAAGUGGACGUGAGCAAUAGUCUGAAAUGGGAUUUAGGCGUCGCGCUGGAAUCUGUGAAUCGUCAGGUCAGAGUCAUACUGUGUCCGGAGAAUGGGUACUGGACCCUCCGGCUCCGGAAUGGAAACCAGUACUCCGCCGGCACCCAGCCCUGGACGCCACUGGCGGUGAUGGCCUCUCCAAGAAGGAUUGGGGUUUUUCUGGAUUGUGAGGAAAGGAAAGUGUCAUUUUAUAAUGCAGAUAAUAUGACCCUGCUGUAUUCAUUCUCAGACGGGCCGAGAGGAAAAGCGUUACCUUUCUUCAGCCCCUGCGUUAGCGAACGUGGUCAGAAAGCCCAGGCUAUCCGAAUUCUCCACUUUCCAUCUCAGUGUCCAUUGGAGUUUUAAAACUGCAUUGCGUGAUUUUAUGCCAGUCAUGUGGUUUAGCUGAAGGAUUAAGGUGUUGUAAAAUGGUUAUCACCGAUGCUUUAUUAGAGCCAUGCAGAUAUAAUAACAGUAAUCGAUCACUCUACAAUGAAUUUAUUGUAUGUUGUGUGUGUACUUAUCAGGCAGAUAAUUAUUUUUGUGCCAGUUUUGUGUAGAUACACAAAGAUAUGAUUUUACAAGGGAUUUGGGUCCGAAACAUUAUUGUAAUUGUUGGAAAAAUAACCUGGGUAGCUGUAGUUUCACAAAUGCAGUUAUUUUUUAUUCUCUCGCUAACGCAAGUAUUAUAAAAAUGAAAGAGAAACUCUACAUACUGUAUACUGUAAAUCAAUUACUAUUUUAAUCUGAUUUGUUGACUUUAUAUUAUGCGAAAUGCACUUUGCACAAAUACUUUUAAUUGUUGUGUUACAGAAAGAAAUUAUAGAUCAUUUCAUAAAAUCAAAUGAAUAUGUUAAUAAUGUUUGUAGUUAUAUUUCUGGGCUGACUGGUUGUUCAAUCAUCCCCCCCCAAUUCUUAUCGAAAAAGGGAGCGUACCUCUCGUUUCUGCUAUGUCAGUAGUUAAUGUUCAUUUUCUUUGUAGUCAGUAAAUGUGAAGCUGCUUUAGUUCUUCCUGUCCAUCAUGGUGUCAAGGCUCAGUGAUGAGAAAAAGUUUAUUUUUGAUUUAUUUCGAACUCUUCCUUCCUUUCGAAUGGACAAAAACAAGCAUUCUGUUUUAUCAACCCUCAUAUAUUUCAGAUAUUAUUAUUAUUAAUGCAUGCUUUUGAUGCACAACCUAUAAAUCACACAUACUUCUCUCUGUAAUUACAUUGCUUAUUUCGAUUAUGUACCGCAAUUGUUCGUACUAUUAAGUAUCGUGUGGGGGGUGCACCUGGGGUGGCAUCCCGGAUGCAGACAACAGUAAGGAUGGGACUGCCAUUAUCUGUUAGAGCAGGCAAGUGUAUGGACAUCCUCUUUCCUCCUGCCCCCUGUAAGGGGUCACACAAACAGAAUACGAGCUCGGGUGCCCUCCAACCACUUUAUUGUCAACUGGGGACUGGGGGUUUGGGGCUGUUUUGGCUGCUGGAAAUAGGAGCGACGCUCAGCCCUCCUCCACAGGGUCAGAUUGCCUUUAAACACGGUGAACAGCCAUGAUUUAAACAGCCUAUUAACAUUCCAGCCCUUUGGCUUUGUUCAAAGCAUUUAACACACGGCUGAAGCAUCUAGUGCUUUCAUUUAUAAAGCUGGACUUGUUUGUCCUACAAUGUUUUUUUACUGAAUCUACGUGUAUAAUAAAUGUCAGGUGGAUUCUUUUACAUGACACAUAUGUUUGUCAAUCAUUGAGACUACACAUGUACUAUACAUGCAAAUACAGUCUUAUAACAUU